UUAGAACCCUGCUGGUUGAGUUUUCUGAUGAAGAUUGCAGAUAUUUGUUAGAAUUUUGGAGUGUGUUCAUUGCUUAAUUGAAAGGUAAUUCAGGUAUGAAUCAUAAGCAAGUAUUGCCAGCAGAUAAUUCUACACAUUUUUCAGAAUAUUAGCAUUGGUAAUAUAAGUAUAUAUGUUCUUAAUGUCUCUUGCUAAUAUUGACAGCUGUUAUUGUCACCAAAAGGGAGUAUUCAUACAUAAUAUUUGAACCAAAGCAUCUGCCAUUACAAAAUAUCCCUUAACUUAAUAGGAGCAACUUUCAGAGGCAGAACAGGGUAUAAUUAUGAACUCGAAUCACAGCAGUGAAUUUAGAGUAAAUUUUUGUUACCAGAAUUAGAUGAAGAAAAUAGUACGGAUC